AUGUUUGAAGUGGCCCCUCCCGAUUACCAGAAAUUCAUUGUGUCGUUGCUGCUGGCGCUGGCCGUGCUUGUGGUGACGUCGGUGCUGUUCAACCGCAAACGCAUUUUCCACUCGUCCAAGCCCGUUUUUGUUAUCUCGGGGCCCAAAUCUAGCGGCAAAACCAACCUGUUCGAGCUGCUCACAAAGGGCGACCUGCCGGUGCUGACUGUGAGCUCUGUCGAGCCCAACAGUGCCACGCUCAACCUCGGCGCCAAGAUCGGAUCCUACGACGUGUACGAUUUUCCGGGAAACGAGAAACUCAAGUCGCUGUAUCUGUAUCCGUUCCUCAAGGAAAAACUCUCUUCCGUGAAGGGAAUCAUCUACAUGAUCGACGCGUCGCAGUUUUCCAGCGAGUACUGCACAGAGGUGGCCCAGGAUCUGAUCAGACUGUACGAGAUCACGGAAUCUGUGCCGAACGGCGUCGAUUUCCAGCUGUUCUGCAACAAAUGCGACCUGUUCACGUCGAAAAAAUGGACCACCAUAAAAUCGCUGCUGGAGUCCGAAAUCGCGCAGAUCUGCAAACGCCAGAUCCUCAACCUGUCGCAGAUAUCUGCCAAAGACGGCCAAUCCGACGAGGCCAUCGCCCAACAGCUGGCGUCGAGCUUCAGAGACGGGAAAUUCCAGUUCGAGCUGCUCGAGGGCAACACAGAGUUCGGCCAGGGCAACGUGCACAAAAAGAAGAUAGAGAUGGUCACCAAUUGGCUGCACGAAAAGGCCAUCAAUUGA